CAAGAGAAAUUUUAUUAAUUUAGCGAAUUCAUAGAAUUUAUCGAGACGGGCCCCAAAAAAAUUAUUAUUUAAGCGAAGUUAUUAAUUUAUCGAGGUUCUACUGUUUAAUUAAUGUAUAUAUAUAUGUAUGUGUGCAUAUGGCGCAUGCAUGCAGGUGGGAAGUGAAGCUAGACAGAACCUCGGACUGGCUAGCAAUAGUCGGAAACAUAGCCUUUGUGUUUCUCUUCUUCCCGGUGACACGUGGCUCGUCGGUGCUGCCGCUAUUUGGGCUGACAUCGGAGGGUAGCGUUAAAUAUCACAUAUGGUUGGGCCAUAUCGUCAUGACACUUUUCACCGCCCAUAGCUUCGGUUACGUCGUCUAUUGGGCUAGCGUCCGUAAAUUGCAUAAAUUGCUAGAAUGGAAGAAAACCGGCUUCUCGGCCAUCGCCGGCGAGUUAUCCCUCGUCGCGGGAUUAGUACUGUGGGCCACCACGUUCCCGAGGAUAAGGAGAAAAAUGUUCGAGGUGUUCUUCUACACGCACCACAUGUACAUUCCGUUCGUCGUCUUCUUCAUCCUCCACGUCGGAAUCAAUUACACAACCACGAUGCUUCCCGGUUUCUUCCUCUUCCUUAUCGACCGUUACCUCAGAUUCUUGCAAUCUAGGUCAAACGUUCGUCUCUUGUCCGCUAGGGUUCUUCCUUGUCAAGCUGUCGAACUCAACUUCUCGAAGACCACAGGUUUGCGUUACAGUCCGACGAGCAUUAUAUUCUUGAAUGUCCCGACAAUUUCGAAGAUGCAGUGGCAUCCGUUCACCGUUAGCUCGAGCAGCAGUCUCGAGUCUGAUAAGCUAAGUGUCAUAAUCAAAGGAGAAGGAAAAUGGUCUAAUAAGCUCUACCAAAUGCUCUCUUCUUCGAUCGAUCGUCUCGAUGUUUCAACCGAAGGGCCUUACGGGCCCACUUCAACCGACUUCCUAAGGCACGAGCUUUUGGUGAUGGUGAGCGGAGGAAGUGGCGUAACCCCGUUUAUAUCGAUCAUCCGCGAGCUAAUCUACACAAGCGAGAAUUUGAAAUGCAAAACGCCCGAAAUUCUACUAAUCACCUCGUUCAAGAACUCAAACGACUUAACCUUGCUCGAUUUAAUCCUCCCUCUCUGCGGUGCUCCACCAGAGUUUCCAAAUUUGGACUUAAAAAUCGAGGCGUACGUAACAAGAGAGAGAGCGGCCCCACCUAAAGAACAAGAAAAUACGAAAAUUCGAACCGUGUGGCUCAAGCCCAACCCAUCCGAUGCACCAAUAUCUCCGAUUUUAGGACCGAAUAGCUAUUUAUGGCUCGGUGCUAUAAUCUCAUCUUCCUUUAUCAUUUACCUUAUUUUCAUCGGUAUUUUGACGAGAUAUACAAUUUACCCCAUUGAUCGUAACACAAACAAGAUAUACGCAACUUCUUCAAGAGCUUUGAUCCACAUGCUAUUCCUAUGCAUCGGCAUAUUUAUCGCUGCAACUUCGGCUUUUUCAAUGAACAAGAGUAAAAAUGCAAGGGAGAUCAAAACUACACAAAUACAGCACAUGGAGGGGGCCACCCCCCAAGCCUCGCCGAAUUCGUCGUUUUAUAACGCGGAUAGAGAAUUGGAGAGCUUGCCUCAACAGUCGAUAUCGCAGUUGAUUAAUUUGCAUUAUGGUGAAAGGCCGGAUCUUAAGAGUGAGUAACUAAUUAAGAUCAUGCAUGUACUUUUUUUGAAAAAAAAUAUUUGUUUCUCAAGAUAUUUUUGUUUUUGUAGGAGUUUUGUUCGAGCGAAAAGAAUCGAGCGUUGGAGUACUCGUUUGUGGCCCGAAGAAAAUGAGACAUGAGGUGGCGAAUAUAUGCUCGUCCGGUUUGGCUGCUAAUCUGCAUUACGAGUCCAUUAGCUUCGGUUGGUGAUUUUUUUUCAUCAUUUUUUAUUAUAAAAAUUGUGAUUGCGAUCGCGAUCGAGUUCGGGGAUUGCUUCUUCUUCUUCUUCUUCUUCUUCUUCUUUUUUUUUUUUUUUUUAAUUGUUUAAAUUUGCUCUUCCUUUUGGUUGAUUGAGCUAUAUAUGUAAAUUUAAAUUGUAAAUUGAAAGAUAAAUGCUUCUCUUUCUUGUGAAAAUGAUAUAUCAACCUUUUUCUUGUUGAAAUCGGGACGAAAUUCUUUAAAUACAAAUUCCGAUCGAUUUCCACUCCGAAUCGAAACAGGAGAUUUGGCUAUUUGAAACAGGGCUUAAUUUGCUGCCAAAAAUACAUUUAUUCUUCAGUUGAAGUCAAGAAUUCCUUUAAAAAUUAAAAAUUAAAAAAAAAAAAAUAUGAGAAUUUAAUCAUAAAAGAAAGAGUAUUAAAAGUGAUGGUUUGCAGAGUUUAACUUGCAAACAAAUAUAUAAUUAUUUGCUAUGAUAUAUAUAGAUAGUCAUCAUAUUCACUUAUACUCUGUUCCUUCUUUCUUACAUAAAUGUGAUUUUUUAGAAUUAAUUAAGUACACAUCAACCAUGUAAUAUAUAGAAAUAUUCCUUUGAACGCAUUAUUUAUUUUUACUAGAAGAGAAAAUGUUGUGAUUGUUGAU